AUGGACACCAGUAGCGUCGAGACGACUACAAAUACAACAUUUGGAGGCGGGGACCCAGGCGGUCUAGUUUCUGCGAAUUAUGCCGGGAAAGAAGCCUUGGAAAUCACACGUUUCAUUGUUCAGAAAAUCCUCAGCCCGACUGUGUCCGCCAUUGGUUUCCUCGGCAACACCCUGAGCAUUAUUGUCCUCAGCCGUCGCAGAAUGCAGAGUUCGACUAACGUUUAUUUGAUCGCAUUGUCCGUUUGUGACCUCCUUUACCUGUUCUUCAGUGUCACCCUCAGCUUUGUUCAUUGUUCUUACCGAACACAGCCUAAAUUCGCUUUCUAUUAUAUUCCUUACGCCCGAGUGCUUGCCGAUCUUUUUGGCAACAUCGCCGUUUGGUUAACCGUUUCCUUUACCGUCGAGCGAUACGUUGGAGUACGCUAUCCGAUGAAGGGUCGGGUGUGGUGCACGGUGCGCAAAGCCAAGUUGAUAUCAUGUUUAGUUUUUGUUGUCUGCUUGAUCAACACUAGCCCUGAACUUUUCGAGAUGGACAUUGUCGAGAAGCAGCUGUCCCACUCGAACCGCACCAUCGUCACAUUCGUCUGUAUCGACACCGAAUUCGCCAAGACGGACAGCUAUCAGAUCGGCUACUAUUGGUGGUUUAUCUCAUUCUUUACGUUCAUUCCCAUGGUGCUCCUGUCUGUCUUCAACAGCCUGCUUAUCCGAAUCGUGUGGAAAGCAUCAAUCAUCAGGCGGUCGCUCGCUAACUCAAAUGUUACGGGGGGGGUCUUAAUUUUCCUCUCUCUCUCUCUCUCUCUCUCUCUCUCUCUUACUCACUCUUCCACUCUCCCUCUCUCUUUCAGUCUUUCACUCUCUCUUAUUUUCCCUUCCACUCUCUCUCCCUCUUUCUUUCUCUCCCUCUCACCCUCCCUUUCUUCCGCUAAUCCUCUAUCUUUCUCUCUCUCUUUUUCUCCCUCUCUCUCUCCCUCUCUCUCCCUCUGUCUCCCUCUUUCUCUCUCCCUCUUUCUCCCUCCUCUCUCUCCCUCCCUCCUCUCUCUCUCCCUCUCUCUCUCUCUUCUCUCCUUCUCUCUUCCCUUUUUUUUCUCUCUCUGCCGCCUCGCUUUCUUAAAAUGUUGA